AUGACCCAUAUGGAGAGAAGCCCACCUAGCCUACAGAACCUGUGGAUCUGCCUGAUCUGUGGCCAUAUUGGGUGUGGCCGGUACGUCAGUCGCCAUGCCUACAAGCACUUUGAGGAGACGCAGCACACCUACGCCAUGCAGCUGACCAACCACCGCGUCUGGGACUACGCCGGAGAUAAUUAUGUCCAUCGUCUCGUGGCCAGUAAGACCGAUGGGAAGAUGGUGCAGUACGAAUGUGAAGGAGACACGUGCCAGGAUGAGAAGAUCGAUGCUCUGCAGUUAGAGUAUUCCUACCUGCUGACCAGCCAACUGGAGUCACAACGCAUUUACUGGGAAAACAAGAUUGUCCAUCUUGAAAAAGACACAGCAGAGGAGAUUAACAACAUGAAAGCCAAAUUCAAGGAGACUAUUGAGAGGUGCGACAAUUUGGAGCUCAAGCUGAACGAAAUAUCCAAAGAGAAGCAGUCCAUGGAGAAGAAGUGCACCCAUCUGAACACGCGCCUCUCCAAGCUGACGCAGGAGCUGCGCGAGGAGCAGGAGAUGAACCGCUACCUGCGCGCCAACCAGACGGAGCUGCAGGCCCAGCUGCAGGACGAGCAGCGCAAGGCGCACGAGGUGGCCCAGCACAAGGACCUGGCCAUCGGCGAGCUCCAGGAGCAGCUGCGCGACGUCAUGUUCUACCUGGAGGCGCAGCGGCAGAUCGACCACAUGCCCGACGAGGCCCGCCAGGAGAUCCAGGAGGGUCAGAUUAACAUUGCCGCCGCCCCGGCGCCACCCGCCCAUUCCUCCUCCGGCAGUGGCUCGGCCCCGGGAGGAGGAGGAGGAGGAGGGAAGUUCGGCGGGAGGAAGGGGCGGUCCAAAAGAGGGAAAUAAAAGACAGACGGAGAAGGGAAGCUGGUGAGCCUCCCUGAGCCAGUGGGGAGGCUUUAGUUACGAUUACACGUGCGCGCACAUUCCCCCUGUUGCCAUGACAGCACAACAAAGUCAGCCCACUGCACAUUUUGUCUCUAGGCUUCUCUUAUGCCAAUCAGCCCUGUUUUUCUCACACACAUCUGCACACGCACACACACACACACACACACACACACACAUGCACACUCACUCUCACUCAACCCCCCCUCCACACACACACACACACACACACACACACACUUACACACUGCUACACUACUACACAACAUAGGGCUGAAGUUGGUGUGGGACAGAGGGGAGGCGUUGGCCUCGUUACUGGACUCAAUAGUGUAGCUCUUGCCUUUAAAGCGGGGCUGUGACAUCACACUCAGAAAUGUGGUGCCACAGCUGGAAUGCACACUUGCACAAAAAGAAAAACACACAGACACAAACACUUGCAUAACUGGAGUGCAAUUUAGCCAUGUUUCUCAUUUUUCCAACUCCCCCUGCUAGUUUUUUUGUGAUGUGGUGGACAGAUUUUGUAUUUCUUUCUUGGCUCUGUGUGUUGGCCAGGAGGCAAUUGCCAAUCGCUGACACACUAGAGGCGAAGGCAAAGCCUUUAGGUGUUGUUUAUUUAUGUGUGUAUUAUCUUGUGGAGCCUUUUGUCACGUCCCGCUACUUCAACAGAGCAGCAAACUAGAAGAACGAUACAGUGGAUCUGGAAUGCAUGGCUUACCCUUGUCAAAAAAAGCUCUUACUCUGUGGGUAUAAAGAGUGUUUAAUGAUUGAUCGUAAAGCAAGGGAAUAAUUCUUAGCCACUGAAUUCUGUCAGAUGCAACACAAUUCUUAGAACAGUGUUUUCUUCUCGGCCACACUUCAGCAUGUUCUCAGGCAACCCACCCAUUGUCCGAUGUAUCAUUGUAAUAGGACUGUGCUGUGCCGGUAGCGAGCUUGUUGGCUCAUGUCCAGGUUCUUCACUGCCUCCAGCGCUGCAGAAUCUGUUGGGAGGUGUGUUAAACUAAACAAACAGACAAAAAAACUGGUAAAAAAAAACCUGCCGAUAAAACGUGUAUCUUCUGCCAGGUGCCUAAACCUUAUUAAAUUUAUUUAAUUUGACUCUUCAUUAAUCUUUUUCUUUGUACACUGAAGUAAUGCUAUAUUUAUUCUCUGGAGAGCACACAUAGAUAUGAGUUUAAAAAAUUUUGUGAGGGCCAAAACAUUUAAGUAUUAUUUUUUUCUGUAAACAGUGAGUUGUUUAGUUUGUAUAAUUACUUCUAUUGGAAACAGUAGGAUCAUGUAAGUGCUUUUAAUUAUGCAUUUGACUCAGACUGAGUUUCCUGUCUUCUCAUGCACAGACAUGUACAGUGUCCCUGGAAUGGAAAGGGCUUCACGGGUUUACCCCAAAGCCAGUAGCCUUUUAAACACAAACCCGAUCACCAGUCCACUGGUUUAGGAUAAAAAAGUACCAUGUUAGUAUUACCUCAAGAUGAAGUACGCUUCCCCCUGACACUCCCAGUGAGCAUAAGCACUGGUCACAUACUUAACUCAGUUUCCCUGCUCUAAGCUGACAAUAUAAUAAGAAAAACACAAGAAAGAAGAAUCUCACCAGUCUCAACUGUACAGGGACCCAGGUGAACUUCAUGAACACUUCAGUCUUAAAUAAACAUUUCAAGAAACCCA